CCAAAUCGAGAGUGCCGAUCAAAAUUUUGAAAUCCCGCGGCCGCCCCGUCGUCCUCUCCGUUUCAUGGCCCUAUAUAUACCACCAUGUAUUGAAGGGAAUCCAUCCUCAGUUCACCAAUCUUCUGUGCAGCCACCGAUCCAUGGGAGGAAUAGAACUCGACCUGAACCUUGAUCCACCAUCAGAUGAUUUAGACCAAAAUGAUCCCAUCGAUUGGGAUGGCAUUGAAGAAUGGGAUGGUCCUGCCCAUGAGCUCGACUACAACCUUGUGUGGCAUGAUGGAGAUGAAGCAGAUGGAGACGCUGAUAUGGAAGAUGCAGAAGGAGCCGGAGAUGGAGGGGUGGUACCUGCAAGAUGGAGACGUCUAACAUGCCAACCUCCAAACUCACCGGAUCUAAAUGUAUUAGAUCUUGGUUUUUUUGCUGCAAUCCAAGCUUUGUUUCAGAAGAGCACUCCAAACAACAUCGACAAGAUCGUGGACAAGGUUGAAAAUGCAUUUCAGGAAUAUCCAAAUGAAAGGUCCAAUAGAAUUUUCCUAACACAGCAGUCAUGCAUGCUAGAGAUUAUGAAGCAUAAUGGAGGGCAAUUUUACAACAUCCCACACACCAGGAAGAAAACAUUGGAGAUGCAGGGUGCUCUCCCCACUAGCUUUCAGUGCCCAAUCGACAUAUAUAAUCAGGCUUUAGAGUUUGUAGCUUAGAUGCAUGGUGCUAUCGCCUUUAGCUUUGUUAGGAACUUGAUUAUCUAUUCUCAUUCUGAGUACUCUUGAUUGAUUGGAAGAAAAAAUGAUGAUCGAUAACAAAUCUGAGUACUCAUAAGUAGACUGACUAAUACAGAUCAACUUAACAUC